CCCCACUGGGGGCCAGGGGUUUCAUUGGGGGUCCCAGCUAGGCUCUAACCACCUGCCCCGCCCCCAGAGGGGCGACUCUCUGGCACCGGACACACAAAGCCCCCCAGUCCCUCGGAGGGGCGAGAGGCUGCCAUGGUGGAGACGGCCCCCUCGGCCCCCUACCUGUCCGUCAUGGACCAAUACGGCUACCAGCUGGGCAAGGUCAUCGGCCAUGGCUCCUAUGGCAUUGUCUACGAGGCCUAUUUCACCAAGCAGAAGGCCAAGGUGGCCAUCAAAAUCAUCUCCAAGAAGAAGGCGUCUGAGGACUAUCUCAACAAAUUCCUGCCCCGCGAGAUCCAGGUGAUGAAGGGUCUGCACCACAAGUACCUGAUCACCUUCUACCAGGCCAUUGAGACCACGUCGCGCCAUUACAUCAUCAUGGAGCUGGCGCCCGGCGGCGACGUCCUCGAGUGGAUCCAGAACUCGGGGCCCUGCGCCGAGCCCCUGGCCGGCCGCUGGUUCGCGCAGCUCACCCUGGGUGUGGCCUAUCUGCACAGCAAGGGCAUCGUGCACCGCCUCGCCGCGGGCGGAGCGGACCUGAAGCUGGAGAACCUCCUACUGGACAAGCGGGAGAACGUGAAGAUCUCGGACUUCGGCUUCUCCAAGCAGAUGGUGUCGCAGGCCCAGCCGCCCGCCAGCCCCUCGUACCCGCUGCUGGCGGGCGUCAGCCCCCUAAGCCAGACCUACUGCGGCAGCUUCGCCUAUGCCUGCCCCGAGAUCCUGCUGGGGCUGCCCUACAACCCCUUCCUGGCCGAUACCUGGAGCAUGGGCGUGAUCCUCUACACGCUGGCCGUGGCCCACCUGCCCUUCGACGACACCAACCUCAAGCGCCUGCUGCGGGAGACCCAGAAGGAGGUGGUCUUCCCCCCCCCAGCCGCCGUCUCCGAGGAGUGCAAGGGCCUUGUGCACCGGCUGCUGUGCCCGGCGGCCCGGCGCCCCACAGUGCUGGACCUGCUGCAGACGCCGUGGGUCCUGCGUUUCCAGGCCGAGCGGCCCCACACCGAGCUGCGGGCGCUGGAGGCAGCCUGGGGGGUGCGGGCCGAGGGGGGGCGGGUGCUGCCCAGGACCCCCUCCCUGCCUCAGCCCGGUGAGAAGAAGCGGGGGGGCAGCGGGACCCAUGUGAAGGUGGCGAAGGUGCCAGAGAAGGGGAGCUGA